CAGAAGCCCCGUCACUGCAGAAUGAGUACAGGUAGGCUGAUGAUCAAGGCAAAGGGGUUGCUGAUUAGCCCCCCGCGCACGAUAGCACUAUGCACACCCUUUCCCUCACCCCUCUCCCCAACCGUACGCUGUUCAUCUGAUUCUCCACCUUCCAUUGUCACAAUGAACAGAGGCAUCGAUUCUCAGCUCGACGCUAUAUUUCAACAAAAAAGGAUCUCUCAGAUCCAAAAUACGCCGAGAGCUGAAGAACAUGGACCUCAUACAGAGAUCCAAAGAAGAUGAUGCAAUCCAAAGUAUUGUUUUAGAAGCUCCAUGGUUCAAAUCUAGUAAAAGCUUAUUUGCUUAUGUCAGCUGUGCUACUUUGCAAGAAGUUGAUACAUCAAGAAUUUUGUCAGAAUGUUUAUGCAGCCCAGCUAAAGUGGGUUAUACAGAGGUCAGGAAAAAGCUUUAUGUUCUGCAUCUGGAAGACAGGAAAUGUAACAUGAGAAUGCUCAAAAUAUCAAGUAUUAAUGAUCUAGUUGCAAGCUCAAUGAAUAUUUUGGAACCAGCCCCAGUAGAUUGUGAUGGAAAUGAUCGUGAAGAUGGGCUUGCAUUUGACAGAUCCGGAAGACGUUUGGCCGCAUUGGAGGGUGGGUUGAUGCAUGAAAUAUAGCACGUCUGUUUUACUUAAGUUGAAGGAAAAAUUUACCAUUGUAAAAAAAAAAUAAAAUCCUUGCUAGAAGUAAAAAAGUGAGAGUAGAAAUUACAGUAAUUCUAAUUGUUGUUAUUUUCAGUUCUUGUAUUCAUCUCAUCACUGUAAUUUGUAAACAGACAUGUGCAUCAACUUUGAUGAAGAGGUGUCAAACAUGGGAACUCUCUGACAUAGAAACAUAGACAUGACUAGAUUUGUGCAUCAUGAAAUGUAUAUAUUCAACUUAUAUAUUUGUUUGAGGAAUCAUGUUUUCAGAGAAGAGCCAUGGAGGGUCAAUAUUACAUAGAUAUUAAUUAUAUACUAGGUUCUAUAUUGUAAAAGGCUUGGUUUACAGUUUUAGAGUAGAUAAAGGUGACCUCUUGCAAGUGCCCAGAGCAAUAGAGAGUUAAUAUUACAUAGUUAAAUAAUUUUAUAAUUGGUUCUAUUGUAAAAGGCAUGGUUUACAUGUUUAGAGUAGAUGAAGAUGACCUCUUACAAGUGCCCAGAACCAUAGAAAGAUGAUAUUACAGAGGUAAAUAAUUCUAUAGUAGGUUCUAUAUUGUAAAAGGUAUAAUUUAAAUUUAGAGAGUAGAUAGAGAUGACAGCUUGCAAGUGCCCAAAUUGCUGAUGCACAUGGAUAUGAUAAAUAGAUGGGGAAUAAACAGUAGUAGAGACUUGAACAUGAUACCUCCAAUGAGCCACCAGGAGCAAAGAGGUUUACAUGUCUUAUUUAUAAAAUGGAAAACAUGCCUUUCUGGGUGGGGGUAUUCAAACUUCACUUCUUCCUUUUAGUGAGGAAGCGUAUACACUCAAUGGAAGGCAGAAUACUUUGCCACUCAUCUGGACUAUCCAGAAGGUGUAUCAGAUUAGUAAGCUGACACAAAUGAAUCAUCAUCUCUGAUGGGGUAAUUCGUUGCAAUACUUACAUGAGUUUCAUGUUCUGACAUGGACAUGAGGUGUCAAACAUGGUGGCCAGCAUGGCACCAUCAGUACAGGGGAAGUACCCUGCCAAUCAUAGUCUAUAAGAUAACAACCCAAUCAAGGGAAGUACCCUGACAGAAAUAAUGGUAUCUCAUCACUCUCUCUUUAUAGAUAGGUUAUGGUCACUAUAACUUCUUUACUAAAAUCUGCACUUUAAUCAGUCUUGUCACUACACUCUCCAGCAUACUCGUUCUAAAUUCUACAUAUGCCCUUCGCAAUUUCUGAACAUACCAGACCACUAGUUUGCUGCAGAGUCUAACAAAUUUUUGCAUGAGAUUCAAUGCCAUCUUGUCCAAUUGUUUAUUUGAUAGAACGAUACACCACAAUACCGAAAUUUUCAAUUACUAUGUUGAACUUGCAUCCUAGUUGUUUAUUGGUAUCCUAUUCUAAUUUUGGCAUUGUCAUUGCAUUGCAUGGUAAAAAUUCAACAGUUAUUAUGAUGUAUUUUUGAAGAAUACCAAGAGCUCACCAAGGAGUGGAAAUGGAAGCAACCCCUUCUUGUUGCACUGUCAUAUUCUCUACAGGUGGUAGGAGAGGGUGCCAUAGCCAUUACCCCCAUUGACGUUCCCGUGGAUGCUCUAGUAUCCCCAUCUGGCUUCAUUCCCAUAAGCCCAGCUGCCUUGGAGAGAUACAAUUAAAAUAGAUCUCUUUUGUUUAUGCUACUCCCAUGAAAUCUCUCUCUUCCCGGAACUGGUUUCUUAUUAGAAAGAUGCACAAAUCGAAGGCAUCUUUUGAUUAAUGUAGGCAGAUUGGGGAUUUACUGGUUUAUUUCCUUUACCUGCCCUUAACUUGAAGAAAUGGGCUCAAUAUGCAAUGACUUUGGGCUGUUUCAAACGUUGUAAUGACCGAAUUUAGACUAAUUUAAAUUGAGGAUGAAUUGUAUGAACA